UUUCUUGCAAAUACUUCAUCAACGGGUUCAACAGCACUAAAUUACUUUCGGCAACAUUUAAUGAAGCGAUAUCAAAGUGAAGCAGUCCAGCAACGACUUAAACUUCUUUUCGACGUUCUUCUUCGUGGUUUCAGUUCAUUUGUGAAUCAUCAUGCGAAUGAAGUGGCAUGGUUAAAAGCUCGACUUGAAUCAUUGCAUCCCGAUAAUUUGGAUGAACAACGAAUCUUACAACAAGAAUUAAAAAUAGCAGAAGAGAACGAACAGCUUUAUUCAAAACAUGCAGAUCGAAUUGUGAAACUUCGUGAUCAAUAUCUUGGGCAGGUUACUGUUUAUAACAAUUUGAAAGGAGGAUCAGUUGGCGAUUUACGAUUAUUGGCAGGUUCAACACGUUCCAUUUCAUCAUUUGGGAAUAGUAAUCGGAUGACAAAACGUUUGAAUCAGGCUGCGGCAGCUGUUGAAUUAGAAUUGUACAGUAUGGUGGGCCGUUUACAAAUCGAAAUUAAAGCUAUUAUUGGAUUCGCUCGCAUAACACCUGGUGAUAUUUUCGAAGUCUCUAUCAGGCAUGGUACUCAAAAAUGGAAGACACGUGGUAAGACACAACCGGAUCGGACUCAAAGAUGGGAUCACUCUUCUGUUAUAUUUACGUGUUAUCCAGAUUGUCCUAUUGAAGUUAAGGCCACAGAGGUUCGCUUUUUCAAAUCGAAAACACUGAGCGAACGUUCUUUCGAUCCAGGUGAAAUGUUUUGUUCACAAUCACAAUUGGUAACAGUUAAUUUGAACCAAAUUGGGACGCUCAAAUUAGAAUUGGUUGUUCACUGGAUGCCGCUAAUGAAUGCAAGGAAUUCGAACGGUAUGAGUAGUGCGCACAGUUCAUUGUCCAAUGAAAAUUGUUUCUUGGAUAAUACAUCAACCGGUGAUGCAGUUGAGAAGAAACCUCGAGUUUUAUUGCGCGAGAAAAAGCGCAACAAUCAACUUAUGCGACAAAAAGAAAUUUGGCGUUCAUCAACAAAUAUCCUAGAUAGUGUUUAUGAUGAUAUUAGCAAAUCGAUUCCAAGCAUUGACACUAUGGAGGUGUUGCCCACAAAACGAGGAGAACUGAAAAAAGAUGCACCUGAAUUAUUUUAUCUUAAAAAUGGAUGGAAACGUUCAAUUAGCGUAUCACAACUUGUAGCAAAUUCAAAUCAGAAUUUAUGUGGGCGUAGUUCUUCGACUUCUUCGGUACCAACUGAAGAUGAAUUGUUAUGUCUUAUCGGGUUGAUGAAACCAUUUAUUGCAAAACUGAUUCGGAAACAUCCUGAAAUUGCUACCAACAAAUCAUGCCUAAAUCGUUGGGAGAGAUUUUUGAAGAUAAAGGAUGAAGUAUCUGUUGAUCGGAAGAACGAAUUGACGAAUAGGAACGAUAUCGAUUAUCGGGAUGAACGUGAUGAAAAUUCUGCAUUUUGUUGUGUCGAACAGACAUCAGAAAAUGAUAGCGGUAUUGAUUCACUGCGGCAGCAUAUUUCUCCAUAUAGUGCUAAGAAUUGUUCGACUAUUGAUAGGACGUGCUGCAUUGGAGUUACCGGAUCCGGUCCAUCACAAAGGCGAUUCAGACAGAUGAAGGAGAAAGAAAGGCGCAAAUCUGUCGGAGUUAUUAUCGAUUUAGCUUCCGAAAACCGAUACUUUGGAAAUCCGGAUGAAUUAUGGUUACGCUCAAGUUCCAACAGCUCAUCCAGUGGUUGUUCGGUGAGUCGCUUGUGGGAUCGAACAUCAACUAACGGGAUAUCUCGAGAAUUACACUUCUGUCUUAGGCAUCAUUUAAAACGAUGCUUAAGUACGCUGACGACUUUAGCAAAUGUUUACGGUCCGUUAGAGUAUCGUGAAAAUGAAAUGUUGGGUAGACUGGAAGAGGAAACAUCUACACUAAAUGGAUUGAUCAAGUUGGCUUCAAGAAAGCAUUUGUCAGUGUUUCGAAAAAAUGUGUUAUAUGAGUUAACCAAUGAUUCGGAAGUGCAAGAGGUAUGGCUUUCCGCAGUCUUCCAAUUGAAUGCUACUUUAAUUGUACCGAUGGAAUCGUUGCGGCUGCAGAUUCGUAGUCAUUUUGGAUCAAUGGUUGAAAUUCGUUACCCAGAUCUAGUUAAUAAUGUGAUUGACACUGUGAUGUCGCUGCUGACUGACAAAAAUACGUGGGAACCAGAAUACAUUAGCGUCUUUCAGUUUGUUAAUCUAUUUCGUGGCAAGCAUGUUACUUCGUUCGUUGAAAAUUUGGCACAUGAAGCAUUAAUAAUGUCACAUCUAAGCUCGCGCCAAAUUAAUCUUGUCAAAGGAGUUAUGAAUCGGUUAUCACAAGUUCCAGUUGUUCCACCAUUAGAAAGUUUACGAUACAUUUCUCUUGUGCUUGUUUGCCCAGAUCGUAAUUUGCAAUCAAUCAUAGAAACAUAUCUUCUAUCAGCAAGUGGACAAUUACGUGACGAUCUGAUAACAUGUUACAUUUGCCUUUUGGAGCAUGAGAAUGAGCAAAGUCGUAAAGGUGCUUGCCGCGCAUUGGGCACACUUGGAUCAUCAAAAGCAGUACAAGCUUUGACAUUUUUAUAUGGUAAUGAUCCCGCGCAAGCUGUACGGGAGGAAGCGUAUAGAGCAGUAAAUAAAAUGGCGCGUGAUUUGGGAGAUUUGACAAGUAUCGAGACUACUAAAAUCUAAAAUUUCCCGUUACUAAAUGUAUUUAUUGCUUUUUCUUCUUAUGAAUAGCUAUUAUAAUGUAAAUUACAC